CACUAUUCACUAAUCUAUGCAACGUGCCAUGUGGUUUUAUUAUUAAACUUCGGAAAAAGAUAUAAAGCAAUUAAUAUUUAUUGUUUAAACGUGUGUUUUAAUGGGCGUAAAAAGGAAUGCUCAAAAAUUAUUGAUACCGAUUUUAUUCAAUCAACAUGGAUUAUAUUGUUGGUAGCGUAGCUGCACUUAUAUCAGGUAACGUUACUCCUAGUCGUCCUAAAAUUAUAAAACGUGCUCUAACUCCUAUGAAACAUCAGCAAUCUCCGAAUGUUACUCCGAAAAGUGAAUUAGUGGACGAUAGAUCUAUAUUCCUAUCACCGACAACGCAAAAGAAAAAGGCCAUUGUAAAGAAAUCGCCUAAAAGAAUUUUCGAAAAUCCUGACUUAGAUAUUACAAAUGAUGAAUCGAAUAUUUCGGUAAGUCCCAAAGCAGAUAAAGUUAAAAAACAUCUUGUUGAACAGUUAGAGAAUGAUAAGCCAUCAACUUCAGUUUUAUUAAGUCCAAAAUCUCCAAAGAAAAAGCGAGAACAAAUAAAUUCCGUUUCGCCGAAGAAAAAUAUUAAAUUAAAUGAUAUAGAUAUGAAGAUUGAAAACACACAAAAUCAUGAUAAGACAACACCUAAGAAAAAUAAAAUUGUUAAGUCAAAUUCAGAAGAAACCUCAAAUGGAGGUAAUUUAGAUAUUUCUACUAAAUCAACUAAAAAAAAGAAGAGAUCAGAAUCACUAUUAAAAGAAAAUGUAAAUGAAAAAGAAAACAAUGUUGGUAACGGUGAUACCAAUAAACCUGACUCAAUUGAACCCAUGCAAAUUAAAAAGAAAAAAAAUAAACAAAAGAAGGGUCUUGACAAUGACCAAACAACCAGAGAAAUAAAUGAAGGGGUACAAAACAUAUCAAAUGAGGUCAAAAAUGUUGGCAAAAAAAGUAAGAAAUUCAAGCUAAAAAAACAAAAUGUAGUUGAGGUGAACCCUAAUGCGAUCACACAGGAAGAUAGUGAUAGUGAACAUGAAUCUGAUGAUGAGGUUGAUUCUGACGAUGAGCAGAAUAAGCAAGUUCUAAGUACAGGCCCACCAGAGUCAUCUGAUGAAGAGGAAACUAAGGUUGAAACAAAAAAAGAGAAUACUGGAGAACAAUCGAAACAGCAUGAAGACAAGGAAGUGUCCCAGGAUGAGAUUAAGAGAACAUUGUUUGUUGGAAAUGUACCAUUCAGUAAUAAGUGUAAGAAGGAAAUAAAGAAGAUAUUUAACAAGUUUGGAGAUAUUGAAACAGUACGAAUUCGCACAGUUCCAGUGAAAGAUGCGCGCACAACACCAAAGCUGGCAGUCAUAAAGAAUGAGUUACAUCCAGACAGACAGACUGUCAAUGUGUAUAUAAAAUAUAGACAUGCCGACUCAGUUGAUAAGGCAUUAUCAGCAAACAACACAGUACUCAAUGAGCACCACUUACGAGUGUUCCGUAGUGACACAAGUGGGGCGGCCCAUGACCCCAAAAGGUCAAUAUUUGUUGGUAACAUACCAUUCGCAAUGGAGGAUGAAGCACUAUGGGCCUUGUUCAAGAGAUGUGGAGAGAUACAGUCUGUAAGGAUUAUUCGGGAUCGGAAGACCAAUGCUGGUAAAGGAUUCGGUUAUGUAAAUUUCGCAUCGAAAGACGGUGUCGAGUUGGCGCUGGCAAUGACAGAAGAAGAUCUUACCAUAAAGAAUAGAAUUAUUAGAGUCAAGAGAUGUACACAGUAUGUACAAAAGCAAGGAAAGAAUGUUGCCCCGAGAAAGUUUCAGCCUCCAGCAAAAAGAAACGAAGAGAUGGGAGCUCUUAGGAGACUUAAUCAUAAAAGAAAGUUCCAGGAAAACAAUGAAGGGCCGCCCAGAAAGAGGAGCAGUAUCAACCAACCAGAGCGAGAGAAAAAACAGCGGAAAGAGUUCGUUGGCAUGACGGCUGAUAAGAAAAAGAAACGCAAAUUUUCCAAAGGACAGAAGCAAAAGAAGAUAUUGAGUGAGAUAUUGACGAAAUAAGUUUUACAUUGUGAUGUAUUAUUGACGAGUUACAUUUUAUUUGAAUAAAGAUGUUAAUUUUUA